AUGGUACCUUCAGGUAAGCUGAUCUCUCCAGCGAAAGUUGAUCGUUUCAAACUAGACGAAAAUGUCUUGAGUUCCAGAAGCUCAUGGCCCUGCCCGCUUCUUCUGAGGAUCUCCUCGUUGGACACUCGGUCGGUGCAACGGGUGCGCAACUUCCUCAGAUCGCAAGACUCAAAAAUAAAAAGACGCAACGGAGAAGACACAGAGACGGAUAAGAAGGCUCCCUCUCUCUACACACCAAAUCCGGGGACGUUCUCGCGGAUCAAGGGCAACGUUUACGUCCAUAAAAACGACUUUCAGAAACGUUUGCAGCUGUGGGAAGUCCGCUCGGCUGUGCGUGUAGACAACCGGGAGGUCUACUUUAAUGCGGAGAACGUGUUACUGAAGCAGCGCGGAAGCAGCAGCAUCAGGGUCAUCGACUUCGGGUCCUCGUGCUAUGUGCACCAGCGGGUCUACACGUACAUCCAGAGUCGCUUCUACAGGUCGCCCGAGGUCAUCCUGGGUCUGCCCUACGGCCUGCCCAUCGAUAUGUGGAGCUUGGGCUGCAUCCUGGCCGAGCUGUACACAGGCUACCCUCUGUUCCCCGGGGAGAACGAAGUGGAACAGCUGGCCUGCAUCAUGGAGGUCUUGUCGCUGCCUCCACACCAUCUCCUCAUUGCGGCCUCCAGACGACGCUUGUUCUUCGACUCCAAGGGGAAUCCCCGGUGCGUGACGAACAGCAAAGGCAAGAAGCGCCGCCCCGGGUCACGUGACUUGGCCUCCGUCCUAAAGUGCUCCGAUUUGAAUUUCGUCCACUUCAUAUCCCGAUGUCUUGAAUGGGACCCGUCAAGCAGAAUGACCCCGGAGGAGGCGCUACAGCACGAGUGGCUCCAUCCGACCACCUCGACCAUGUCCUCGUCGUCGUCCUCGUCCGUCUCCACCACGGCGGGAGGAGGGGCGGGGGCGGAGAAGAGGGGUGGGGCUGUGAACGGAGGGCCGGUGGGGAACGUGCGCCGCCAAGGACCCAUCACGCAGGAGUCGACCGAGGAGGAGAAUUUUAGUCUUUAUACGGUAUACAAAGGCAAGCGCCACCGGGACAACUGCGCCCUCGCGGCUGAGUCCGGCGCCAAGAACGACAGCAGUUCGUCGACCGCCAACUCGAACCCCGCCGCCGCCUCCUCCUCCAACGGCAACCAGGACGGCACCUCCACGGAGAAUUCCCUCGACGAUUCCGGAACCUUCCUCCCACCAAUCCUAUAAGGGCGCAGGGUCGAUUAGGAGACGAGAGACAAGCGAUUUUUUUCCGAUUAGGAGACAGAGGGAUUAUUUUUUUUUUUCGAAUGGGAGACAGACAGACAGACAGACACGGAGAUUAGGAGAAACAGAGAGACAUUUUUUUUUUCGAUUAGGAGAAAGAGACACUUUUUUUUUAUUAGGAGACCGACAGAUACUCUUUUUUUUUCUUCUCUCCCUCGCAACAUUGUUUCCAGUCUCCAGUGUUACGCAAGAUAGAAGUUUUUCCUUGCGGUGUGAAAUUCCUCCUUUUGAAGACCGUGGAAGGGUUGCUGGUCGACGGGAGUGGAACAAAUACCUAUGUAACUUGGUUUAGAGCAUCCGAGGUGUUUUGCAACGUGUUACAUGUUGCAGCCUUUUGGGUGGAGAAAUCAGAUAUAUAUAUAGAUAUAUAUAUGAUAUUAUUUUAUAAACAAUGGUGUUUACAGAUGAAUCAUCCUAUUUUAUGAAUGUAAAGUGACUGAGGACUGUAUUUAGUAAUAAGUGGUUAUAGUAUGAGAAAAAAAACACAUUAUUUAAUAGUACAGUGUUGACCUCCUUCAAGAGAUUUUGCCCUCGAGCAAAGUCAUCCAAUGUGCCCUAUGCUGUGUAUAGUACUAUAGUUGCAGUCAACGUAGGUGUGGCCCGUGCCCUCCUCUUCUUCAGGAUCUUCUCUGCUGAAUAAGUAGAUCUUCUCAUAUAAAAAUAUCCUUUUCACCUGUCACUCCAACUUCUACAAGAUCCAUUCAACAUACAUUCACACACAGUAUCAAAACUAAUGGUCCCUCAAGUGAUAGAUAUGUAUAUCAUUUUCACGUCUCUUCUCUUUCUCUUUUCUCUCACUUUCUCCUUCUCUCUCACUCUCUUCCUGCUCUUCCUCUCUCAUAUCUCAUCUAACUUCCACACACAUACACACGCGCGCUUCAUCUAAACCCACCAUUCUAGCAGGCACGUACCAGCAUCUUAGUCCUGGCGUGUCUGUGCCAUGAAAUCCAUCCAUAUCACCUUCUAACACUACUUACAAUUCCGAACAAACCUCGUUCAUCACACCAGUCAAAUCUGAAGAAAGUACAUCAGUAUAUAGUAUCAAACGCUGUUAUUUUCUCCCCCAGUCUUUCCUGGUUAUUCCUAUUUAAGAGUUUGUUAUUGGCUUUAAACUCGAUAUUGUUUGUGACUUUAAGGGCUAUGCAACAGGCAGCGGUUAAGGUUGCCCCAUUUAUCCUUAGUGAUUCUGGGUUUUAAAAAAAAGGUUAUGUCUCACUUAUCAAAACAGUUAUUUUAUUCUGGUGUUAUCUUGAGUUUGGAAAUAACAUUUUAUGCAUUGUGUGGUGAUGCAAUGUUGUAUAUGUCAGUAUCUUUUUCUGAAGAUAUUGGUAUAUUACUGCAAGACAUCAAAAGGGAUUAAAAUUAUAUUGUUUUAUGCUAAAAAUAUAUCUUGAUAUAUUAUUUAUACAUAUAAAAAUGAUGCUUUCAAACAACUUCUACUCUAGGGUUAAUGAAACACGUUUAAAUAGGAAUUUCUCUUGUGAAACUCAGCCUUAUAUUGGCUCUGUGAUAGCCUAACAUAUCUCUCAUUAAGCCUUACCAAAGAUAUACCAAAGAUGUAUCUUUUUAUAACUCAAGUCAUAUCUUUGUAGAUCCUCGUUACCUCUUAACUGUGUUGUUUCAACCUUGGGUCUCCUGUAUAUUUUGCUAGAUUAUGUUCUUCGUAGUGAAAGGACGUAAUGGAAGGGAAAUUCAGUGUUAAAACCAAGGGAAGUGCGGACCGAUUGGGCAGUGUGGUUUUAUCAUGAAGUAUGUCAGCCUCACCGAAUAAAAAUACAGAGAAUGGGAACGAUAUUAAUAGUCAUGAAAUCAUUGCGUUUUCAUUCGAGAAAGGAAAGGUAUAACACAGAGAGAAAAAAGAUAGGAGUGUCUGAUGUGGAAAAAAAUGGAAAUAUCCAUAAUUAUUAUUUUUUUUUUUUCCGUUGUGUUUGUACUCCGUUAUGUAAAAGAUUUUAAAUGCAUUUUUGGAUAAUCAUAACGCAAUAAAUAUAACUCAUUUAAGAUUACAAAGGAAUACUUUCGAGGGAAUAUAUGAAGAGAAAAUAAAGAUCUGAAGUAUUUGACGCGGAAUUCGAUCACGCUAUUUCAUUUAACUUUUACAGCUUGGUUAAAAAUGUUCUUGUUCAGAGAACGUUUCAUAAAGGAAGUAUUUAACGACUAUUCCAUACUCCUUUUUUUGUUAAUAUAAUCAAAGAAUUCGAUUCUUCUUUGGUUGACUCUAAUACCGAGCGUGUCAUUGGACUUAUGAAUGUUGAUUCCAAUACUUCGGAACUUUCUUUGAUCUUCGUUUCGAGAAUCUAAAGAAGUGCUCAAGAAGAUGCCAUUGAAUGUGGGAAAAAAAUGCAGUUGACAUUUUUUAGAUAUAAUGAUAGACUUUUAGUAAGGAUGUCAGUAACGUCACAUUUAUGUUAAACUUUAGAUAGACUGACAGAUAUGAAUUUUAUCUUAUUACAUAGUCUAUUUUAGUUACAGAUGAUUUCCAAAACGCGAAUAAAAGAAAUGCGCAUCUGCAGUUAUGUGUUCGGACGGUGUCUUUGGCGAGAGCUUAGUUCAACACAUGUUCACUUGUUGAAGUAACGGAACUAGCCUCGGCACUGUGAACAACUAGUCCUCUUGUGGACAAUCUCUGGUGAUGAUGAGUGGACUAUCAAAGUCGUGUCAUUUGUAUACAAAAGGUUACUGAUUGUGAUUGUAUCAGCGUGCAUUCGGAACAAUCAGGGGAGUUGCUCAGGCGGGGCAACGGACGGCAAAUAGCGAUUGUUUUCUAGGUAAUAAUUAAAAAAAAAAAUAUGUGAUAAUUGAAAAAAAGGUGAAUAAAUGAAUGAGAGACCCCAGUCUAAUUUUUGUUUUGUUUCUUUAAAAGAAAGGAGAGGGGGGGUCGUUUCCUCUUGUUACAAAACUAGUUAUAUAUUCGUCAAAAGAAAUAUAGAGAUAUAUUGAAUAUAUUUUCUUGGCGCCUCGAGCAGUGAUGCCAAAGAAUGGUCAGCUAAUUAUCCAUUCCUCAGUCAAUCGUUUUCCUUUAUCGAGUGUCACCAAAAAUUUUCUUUAAGAAAUGAGAAUAUAAAACAAAAAACUAAAUAACAAGAUGCCAUUUUUGGUGGCAGUCUUUUGGUUAUUUGUUUUUCAUGUUUUUAGUUAUGACAGUUAUUUAAAAAAGAAAACAAUAAUGAUAAAUACUAUAUAGGUUACAAGUCCUCUCAAUGUAUUACCACAAAAACAAACCUCAACAUUGUUUUUUAUUUCGUUUCCUUUAAUUGUUUCUUUUGUAUAGCAUAGUUUGUAUUUAUGUAUCUUUAACCCUUUUCGUAUGUGUUGUAAUGUAUGAAAUGUCACUGUAUAUUUAUUAAAUUUUCCCUGACUGAUAAGUAAAUAAUGUUAAAUACA